AUGGCGGACUACAACUAUGGAGGUUCCGAAGAGGAGAACACGGAGUUGAGAAAGCUGGAGACUGAGCUGGUUGACGAUCCCGACAACUUCGAGACAUGGGAGAAACUCGCCCGCGCAGCUGAGGCGCUGGAGGGUGGUAUCAACCGCAACUCGAACCCACAGGCCAUCACGACUGUGAGAAAUGUCUACGAUCGCUUCCUAGCGAAAUUCCCGUUAUUAUUCGGAUAUUGGAAGAAAUAUGCCGACCUGGAGUUCUCCAUCACGGGUACUGAAGCAGCAGAGAUGGUCUACGAACGAGGCAUCGCUAGCAUUUCAUCCUCCGUCGAUCUGUGGACCAACUACUGCUCCUUCAAGGCCGAGACUUCCCAUGAUGCCGACAUCAUUCGAGAGCUCUUCGAGCGAGGAGCGAAUAGCGUUGGGCUAGACUUCCUAGCACAUCCUUUCUGGGACAAAUACAUCGAGUUCGAGGAGCGAGUCGAGGCUUUUGACAAAAUUUUCGACAUUUUGGGCCGGGUUAUUCAUAUCCCGAUGCAUCAAUAUGCUCGUUAUUUUGAGAGAUACCGCCAACUCGCGCAAACCAGACCCGUGGCAGACCUUGCACCUUCAGGAACUUUGUCUCAAUUCCGUGCUGAGCUAGAGGUCGCCGCUGGACAGGUACCACCUGGUGCAAAGGCCGAGGCUGAGAUUGAAAGAGAUCUCAGACUUCGCGUCGAUGCUUACCAUCUCGAAAUCUUCUCCAAGACCCAAACGGAGACUACCAAACGGUGGACCUAUGAGUCGGAAAUCAAGCGCCCAUACUUCCAUGUGACGGAACUGGAUGAGGGCCAACUGACCAACUGGAAGAAAUAUCUGGAUUUCGAAGAGUCUGAAGGGUCCUAUUCCAGAACUCAAUUCCUGUACGAGCGGUGCCUUGUCACAUGUGCCCACUAUGAUGAAUUCUGGCAGCGAUACGCCAGAUGGAUGUCCGCUCAGGCUGGAAAAGAGGAAGAGGUGCGGAACAUCUAUCAACGCGCAAGCUGCUUCUAUGUCCCAAUUGCAAACCCUGCCAUUCGCCUACAAUACGCAUAUUUCGAAGAGAUGGCAGGUCGCGUCGACGUGGCCAAGGACAUCCACGAAGCAAUUCUUAUCAAUUUACCUAAUCAUGUUGAGACCAUUGUUUCUCUGGCCAACACCUCCCGUCGCCAUGGCGGUCUCGAGGCUGCAAUUGAGGUCUAUAAGAGCCAAUUAGACUCGCCUCAGACAGAUCUUGCGACUAAGGCGUCGCUUGUUGCGGAGUGGGCACGCCUUUUGUGGAAGAUCAAGGGCUCGGCAGAGGAUGCUCGCCAAGUGUUCCAGAAGAACCAACAGUACUACCUGGACAGCCGCCCGUUCUGGACAAACUAUCUCAUGUUCGAGGUAGAGCAGCCCACCAGUGCUUCGACCGAGACUGUUCAAUACGACCGGAUCAAGCAGGUCGUCGGCGACAUUCGCUCGAAGAGUACGCUUCCGUCCGAUGUCGUGAGGGACCUCGUCCAGAUUUACAUGGUCUAUUUGCUUGAGCGAGGAACCAAAGACGCGGCGAAGGAGUACAUGACUCUCGAUCGUGAGGUUCAUGGUCCCGCCUCUGUCGCCCAUGCCAAGACCGGCGGCGCGGAGCAGGCUUCACCAAACGGUAGCCAGGCAACGCCGGCUGUUGAUCCUGCUGCUGCUACCGCUGCACCUGCCGGUUCUCCAGCAGCUAAUCCCUAUGCCUACCAUCAACAGACUCCGGUCAAUGGUGGUGCAAGUGCCUAG